AUGGAUGACCUGUCGCCAGGAUUGAAUCUUGGUCCUAAGUUAUGCCAACUCAUCAGACUGACACCGCCGCACAUGACAAUCACUACUAUAUCAGACUCGUGGAUCUCGGCUGGCCAGGCCACAGAUAAAGGGAUCGCGAGCUGCUUGAUGAAGGCACUGGCAAGAGAAAUUAACGAGAAUCCUCUGUCUACACCGAGAGUACGCCAUGUUGCUGGCAAGCCCAUAGCUACGCGUCUCUCCUUGUACCUGCCCCCUUCGGCCCUUUGGAAUCCCCUAUGCGGGUGCCUCUGGCCGGCCAGAAUCCGCAGCCACCCCUGCACUAUCGGGAAAUCUCCGGGUAACCACCCUUCUAUUGUGUGCGCACAAUCCGAGGUAUUCUCCGAUGCUAAGCAGACGUUGCGUCUUCUCGAACUCCUAACACCUCUCGAUUUUGAGGACGAAGAGCAUCGCUUUCCACUGCCACAAGCAACCCAAUGUUUCAAGCGUUUGUUCAUCGAAUUUCAUCUACAAGGGACGGCAUCUCGCCCCAGCUACUCUGAUCAAGUUUCCUCCUCUCCCUCCCUCGAACAACAAAGCAGCCUUGUGUCCUUCAGCAGUGAGGCGAGCGUGGAGUAUCCGAGCAUUGCGUUCCUCGCCAGGUCACCCAUACACGGAAGGUGUCCGCUUAAAGAUUUUUUCGACCCUGCUAUCGUGUGGUCCUCGCGAUUCCGGGCGCCUGAGGUCUGGCGAAAGCACGACCCAUUUCGGUGGCUUUGCGGCUCAAAAUAUGAGCUUAGGGAUCCUAGCAAGAUCCGAUCUUCCCGACUGCAAACGGGCCGUUUGACGGGUUUAGCGGUGGACCCCUGA